GGUACGUGUCUGCGUCAUCGUUUUCCACCCCGGAAGUCCCGUUAACGGCAGAGCGGUGCAGGACCACAUUAACCCAGGACUAUGGCAAGCAACGUGUGGAGGUCAAUGCUCUCUCACGUCGUGGGGGCGGCAAAGAGACCGACGGUAUGUUUCAGAAGGGGGCUGCAAACGGUUACGUUAAUUCCCGGGGAUGGAAUCGGUCCAGAAAUAUCCGUGGCCGUCAUGAAGAUUUUCGAGUCUGCUAAGGUUCCCAUCCAGUGGGAGGAGAGGAAUGUGACAGCUAUCCAGGGCCCAGGAGGUAGAUGGAUGAUCCCUCCAGACUGUAAGGAGUCUAUGGACAGGACCCUGAUCGGGUUAAAAGGCCCCCUGAAGACCCCCAUAGCAGCCGGCCACCCCUCCAUGAACCUGCUCCUCAGGAAGACCUUUGACCUGUACGCCAACGUGCGGCCCUGCGUGUCCAUCGAGGGCUACAAGACCCCCUACACCGACGUGGACCUGGUCACCAUCAGAGAGAACACCGAGGGAGAGUACAGCGGAAUCGAGCACAUAGUAAGUCGCUAUGGUUACCACGGUCACGUUCAGUAGGAGAGAAAUGGGACA